AUGGCGCACAGCGAGCCGACGCCCACGACGAGCAGCUCCCUGGGCGGCGAGGCCCCCCCCCGGGCGCAGCCCGUGGGGCCGCCCCUGGCCAGCGCGGCCGAGCGCGCGCGGCGGCAGCCGGCGAGCGGUGCGGGCAGGGGGGGCUCCGCCCCCGCGGGCUCCGAGCUCGUGCGGGCCGCGGACGAGGAGUGUCGAAGACGAGGCGCCACAUCAACCAGCGCAGGGACAUCGAUGGAGACUGAGGUCAAGGCCAGAUCCGCCAGCAGCGACUCCAGCCCCUGCGGGGGCGCGGCGUCGUCGGCGCAUGCCGGUACGUCGCUGGGCGAGGCCGUUGCCAAGUUGGUGGCUGAGGGCCGCGUCCAGCCACGGAAGCAGUCCACGAAGCUCUCGUUGUGA